AGCCUGCCAAGCCGGCUUGCUCUCCCGCUGGUAGAAAAGUUAGCACGCGGUGAGGCGUCGGCUUUGAGCGGUCGUUGCUGUGGUCAGCAGCGCGAUGCCGAAGGCCAAGGGCAAGACUCGGAGGCAGAAGUUCGGUUACAAUGUCAACCGGAAGCGUCUGAACCGGAACGCUCGAAGGAAGGCCGCGCCGCGAAUCGAGUGCUCCCACAUCCGACAUGCCUGGGACCAUACCAAAUCCGUGCGGCAGAAUCUGGCGGAGAUGGGGCUGGCCAUGGACUCCAACAAGGCGGUGCCCCUCCGUAAGAGAAAGGUGAAGGCCAUGGAGGUGGACGUGGAGGAGAGGCCCAAAGCACUGGUGCGGAAGCCCUAUGUGCUAAAUGAACUGGAGGCAGAAGCCAGUCUCCCAGAAAAGAAAGGAAAUACCCUGUCUCGGGACCUCAUUGACUACGUUCAUUACAUGGUGGAGAACCAUGGGGAGGACUAUAAGGCCAUGGCCCGGGAUGAGAAGAAUUACUAUCAAGAUACUCCAAAACAGAUUCGGAACAAGAUUAACGUCUAUAAACGUUUCUACCCAGCGGAAUGGCAAGCCUUCACCGAGUCUUUGCAAAGUAAGAAGAUGGAAGUUGACUGAAUGCUGUGCACCUGUCCAGACUUGGGGCUCCUGGACCAGAGAAGCCAAAGCCAGAGCUUAAAGUGUGGAGUGCUCAGCUUCAGAUGAUGCUGGCAAAAUCCCGUGGACUCAGGUUCAUGCGUGCGUGUGUCUAAUGCCCCUCUAGAGAAGGAAGUCUCUGAGGCUACAGUUUAGAUUCUCUUGUGGGUUCAUGGAAAAGCUGGGACUUGCUGUUCCCUUGAGUAGGUGCUUUAUUUGAAUAUAAUCUGUAUAUAAUAAAACAAAGAUUAUUUUACUUUUCUAA